AUGAGGAGAAACAUCGAAGGGGUUCUGAAGGAGAAAGAAGGAAUGGCUUGCAACACAAAAGGCAAGCAAGCGUGGAACCACGAACAAAACAGUGCUUGUGGGCCCCCAUUGUCACCUCUUUUGCUCGCUAUCCAAAUAACAAAAGCAUCAGGGACCCACAGAUUGGCUUUAUGCACAAAAUACCCCAAGGGGCAAGGCCGCAAGGAGGAAGGUUGCCUAAACAAGAAACUCCUCCUUCGAGCUUCUUCUUCAUCAUCAUCAUCAUCGCCACCACACCGCCAAUGGCUUCAUCAUCAACAGAGGAGACCCCUCGACCGAAACGAAGAAAAAGAGGGAGUAGCGAGCGAGGGGUGGGGAGAGAGAGGAGGGAGGGAGAGUGAAGAGAGUAAUGUACAAGGACAACCAGCGGUGGGUCGUCGGCGUCGAGGAAGAAGAAAAGAGGCAGCAGCAGCAGCGUGGGAGUCCAGCGUCCGCAGAGAGCCAGCAGAAGGUCGGCCGCCGCCGCCGCAUAAAAACCAUGUCCGACGACUCCGACCCACCAGCGCCGACGACCCAAGCCAGCCCUCCGGCUCACCCACGGCCGAGAAGCUCCUCCCCAACGGCGACUUCUACACCGCAGUGGCACCCCACCUCCCCCACGGGGUCGGCAAGUACCUCUGGACCGACGGCUGCAUGUACCGAGGGCGAGUGGCGCCAACGCAAGACCAUGGCCGGGGAAAGUUCUCCUGGCCCUCCGGCGCCGCCUACGAGGGAGAGUUCAAGUCCGGCUUCAUGGACGGCAACGGGACCUACAUCGGCAUCAACGGCGACACCUACCGCGGCGGCUGGAGCAUGAACCUCAAGCACGGCUCCGGCAAGAAGAGCUACGCCAAUGGCGACUGCUACGACGGGGGAGUGGCGGUCCGGGAUGCCAGGACGGGCACCGGCCGGUACAUCUGGAAAGAACGCGGGAACGAGCUAACGGGCAAUGGACGUCCGGGUGAUCACCGACGCCGGGGGUCCCUCAUCUGGGCCAACGGCAACCGGUACGACGGCGUGGUGGAGGACGGGGUGCCCAUGGGGAACGGGAGCUUCAGGUGUGGGGACGGGAGCCUGUACAUUGGGAUCUGGAGCCACGGGGGUAGGGACGACUGGGGAGGCGGAGGUGCGGAAGGAGAAAGAAGGGGAUAUACUACCCGUCUCCCCUCUGGCCAGCCACUCGCCCAACGGCAGCGGACCCCCAGGCGAUAUUCGGACAAGGGAGUUGCCCGAGUGCAAGAUAUGCGCCGGGUGAUGGCCGUGGGGGGUGAUGCCGUCGCAGAAGAGGCUGAGCUGGUUCCGUGGCCGACGCGCCUAGGCCCAGGCGGAGAGGGUCGGUGGACAGCUUGGCCGGGGGGAGCAAGGGGGCGAGGAGGGGGGUGGGGAGUGUAG